UCUGUUGGACAAAGACACAAAACGCCGCAGGGCGAUUGGCUGAUGUACAUAUUUUUUUUCCUAUUGGCUGUCCUCUAUUCUCUACAUUCAAGCUCCGCAGAGAAGAGCUUGCUAUUGGAGCAAUCAGAAGAAGAAGCAACCAAUUACACGAAAGCUUCCACCGCCAACAUAGGAGACGUGACACACCUUCUUUCUUCUCUGGCUUCCCCUCCCCUUUUCUCCCGCCUUCCUCUUAUUCAUUGCAGAAGCGCCUCGGCUCUGAUUGGUCAGAGCGUGGUGCGCUCUCCACCAAUCAUAAGCCAGGAUGGGCUCCUGUGCUACCAAGAGAGCGAAUCGUGGGGAGAGCAUUCCUACGAUUGGGCCCUCCAGGACAAGGAUUUAAUUUUGAAUUUUUCUUAAAGCCGCGACGAGCCCGCUGCCCGGACCCCAUCUAAUCCCCAGGCUCUUAAAACUAUUUCUCCGCAGAAAUCAUGCCCAAGUUCAAACAACGAAGAAGAAAGCUAAAAGCUAAAGCCAGGAGAUUAGUCAAAAAAAAAGAAGCCUCUCGAUUCCAAUCUAAGCUACUUGCACCUCCUCCUCCACCACCCUCAGAAAGAACAGUUAUUUCUUCAACAGAUAUACCUCAUAGCACAAACUGGCUAAGACCAUCAUGGAACUUCAAAUUUCCCAAUGUCAAAGAAGUGAUAAAAUGUUGGACAAAUAGAGUGUGGUCAGUGUACAACUGGUGCCAGAGCUGUGUAGUGCAGAGUUUAGAAGUAUUGAAAGAUACCAUCUUUCCAUCCCGAAGCUGCCACCGAGAACUUCAUAGUCUAAAACAACAAGUUUGCAUUUUGGAAAGUGAAUUAUACAAGCUCCAGAAAACACUGAAGACCAUCACAGAAAAGUCUUGUUCAAACUGUGGUCAACAGCAUCACAGGAGUGAUAAAGUUACAAAUGUAUCCGCCUAUGCUCUAACCAGCCCUGGAGACUCCCAAGCCAUACUUCCGCCCACACUGCCACCACCAACCAGUCUCCUUCCUCCCCCGCCGCCACCUCCUCCACCUCCUCCACCUCCUCCACCUCCUCCUCUUCCACCACCACCGGCUCCUCUGCUGCUCAGAAAAGGCGGUCUCAAUAAAGCACUUCAGGCUAAACCUUUAAGAAAAGAUGGACCCAUGCAGAUAACAGUUAAAGACCUAUUGACUGUGAAAUUAAGGAAGACACAGUGUACUGAUGAAAAGUGGAAGCUUAUAACAUCACCGAAGGCACGAAAUCCACUGGUUACUGUCUCUGAUCUGCAGCGUGUUACCCUGAAACCUAACUCCAGAGUGUUAUCAACUCGAGUUACAAAUGUCUUAAUUACUCCAGGUAAAAGCCAGGUAGAUCUUCGGAAGCUUCUUAGAAAAGUCAAUGUGGAGAGGAGCCCAGGAGGAACGCCUCUGAUCAAUAAGGAAAAUAUGGAAACAGGAACUGGACUUACCCCUGUAAUGACCCGGGCCUUGAGGAAAAAAUUUCAAGUAAGCCUCUGGCUCACCCUAGAAGCCCAACUCAAACUCUGCCACUUUCUACAAGCAGCUUUGAUGAACAAAACUGAUGCCAACUCUGCCAGACUCCAUGUAAUGAUCCAUCAAAUAUACAGAUAAAAUCAACAAAUCUUUUCUUAAUAUUGAAUGUGCUGAAAUAUACUAAUAUAAUUCCAUUUGAAGACUCAGAGUAUGUGUGGAACCUGUGCAUAUUGGGUGUUUUCUAAUUUGCAGGAUGGUGAAAGAAUCAGAUGGGAAAAUACAGUCUGCAAAGUGGUGUUUACCCUGGAAUCACCCAAUUUAGGUUACAUUGAGGUUGUUGAAAUCCAGUUUAUAUUGUACAGGUGCAAUUAGAACUUUAAGAAAAAAUGCUGAAGCUGGGUAUGGUGGUGCAUACCUAUAGUUCUAGGUACUCAGGAAGCUAAGACAGAAGCAUCAUAAAUUCAAGGCCAGGCUGUGUAACUUAGUGACACUCUAUCUCAAAAUAAGUCUGAUAAUAGUCCGGCAUGGUGGCACAUGCCUGUAGUCCCAGCUACUUGGGAGGCUGAGGCAGGAAGAUCACUUGAGCUGAUAAGUUUAUGACCAGCAUGUGCAACAUAGUGAAAUCCCUUCUCAAAAACAACAACAGGGGCCAGGGAUUUAGCUCAGUAGUGCCGCCACCUGCCUCGAAAGCACAAGGUCCCAAGUUUGAUUCCCGGUACCCAAAAAACCCCCCAAAAACAACAAAAAAAGACAAUAGUCUGAUUCCUAUUCAUCCUAUUUAUUCAUGCAACUGAAAAUACUUUUUUAGGGUGGAGGGUUGAGACAGGGCCUCACUAUGUAGUUCAGUCUGGCCUUGAACUUAUUGUG